AUGGCACCGAUUGCGACAACGAACGAGCCCAAAAUGGCUCAGGGUGGUGAGGAAACGCUCACGCGCCACGCGGAUGCAAAUCAACGAUACUACACGGCCACCAACCGCAAAAAUGGCAUCAAUGAAGGAACACGCGAUGGGGCAACGAUGGCGGCAAUACCGGCCACACUAGCACCCGGGAAUACGGUCAAACCAUGCCCGCUGCGAGCACCGCUCGUCGUCACCGUCGUGGGACUGCCCUGCAGGGGGAAAUCGUUGGCCGCACACAAAGUUGCCCGACAUCUGAGCUGGCGAGGCGAAAGCGCCAAAGUAUUUACCGUGGAUGAAAAUGCUACCAUCGAAACGUUCAAUGAGAUUAGUCUUUUCUUCAAGGAAGGAAAUAAUGUGGCGAUAAUCGAUGGAAUGCACUUGACACGGGCCACCCGGCAAACGGUGGCCACCUAUUGCUGUGAUGCCGUCUUUCAUCAUCUGCUGAUCGAGUUCACGUGCAACGACAAAUGUCUGCAGGAGAAUGUUGCAGAUACGGUACAAUUUUACCGUCAGCUCGAUCAGAACGUUGACUGGGAGCGACGCUUCCGGGCGAGUAACGAGCACCAUGCGCCACACUUUGAACCGUGCACGGCCCUCGAGGGUCCGCUGAUUACGGUGAACAACUCGGAGGACCCGAUGCAUCACUCCGUAACGGCGCGUGGUGUUCGUGGUGCUAUACAGACGGACAUACUGGGUGUGUUGGCCAGUCCUGUUAUCCGCCAGCAAACGUUCUACUUCAGCCGGCACGGUGAAUCGGAGUAUAACGUAUUGGGACGUAUUGGUGGGGAUGCGGACUUAUCUCCACGGGGCAUGAAAUAUGGGGAACGGUUGGCAAGACAGCUAGGGGGUCCCGGAUCUGCACCGGAUAGUCCUCGACCGAAACUGAUCUGGACAUCUGAGUUGCGGCGUACGAUCCAUACCGUCCAGAACAUCCCAGGACCGCGGGCAGCUAUCAAAGAUCUCAACGAGAUUAACGCUGGCAUCUGCGAGGGACUCACGUACGAGGAAAUACAGGAGAGAUUCCCACAAGAGUUUGCCUGGCGCGAUCAGGACAAGUUCAAGUACCGGUAUCCGCACGGCGAGUCCUAUCUGGAUCUGUUGCAACGUGUCGACAGCGUAGUGCAGGCUCUAUUGACCAACACCGAUGUGUUGGUCGUGUCGCAUCAAGCUGUUCUUCGUUGCAUAAUGGCAUACUUUAAGGGUGUUAAACCAGAUGAUGUGCCGUACAUUAAUGUGCCAUUGCACACACUGCUUAUUGUACGAUCGUAUGGGUAUGAUUUUGUUGUGGAAACGGUGCCACUAAAGGUGGAAUGUGUAGAUACUUACCGCAUUCAGCCGAAGAACUGUUCUACUAGUCGCACCACAGCUGAUGCCCUAACAACUGUGCCGGCCCAUUUUGAUGCACCGCUUACAAAUGUCAAACAAAUGUCUACGAUCAGCUAA